AUGCUCCCCAACGCCACCGUCCCUCUGUCUGUGGAUUUCGACACUCCGGGGGACUUUCUCAUCUUCAUCUUCCACAUCCUGUUCGCCACCAGCGCCGUGCUGGUGGCCGGCUCCGUGGUGAUCGCGAUCUCCUGCACCCGCGCCCUCCGGGGCCAGAACCGCUUCAUCUUCAUGCUGAACACCAGCAUCAGCGACACUCUGACCGGCUUUUCUGUCUACUACCUGGGCCUCUUCGACGUCCAGGAGGGCUACCCCUCCAGGAACGGCACGUUCUACAUCUUGCCUUCGUUUCUGGGUGUUAACGUGUUGACCUUCCUCUUUGCUCAGUUUGACCGCUACUUCGCGGUGUGCCACCCUUUCUUCUACAACCGCUACAUCAGCAGAUCUGUAGUCAUCGGCAUCUGUGCGUUCUGCUGGGUUUACACAUACGCCAUCCUCACGGCGCAAAACAUGGUGCCCAUCUCCAAGGCGGCUCAAAUCAACGCGUUCGGCGUGAUGACGCUGCAAAUUAUAGUUUUUGUAAAAGUGCUCAUGACUAUCAAACUGUACAUCAUCGCCAGAAACCACCUGGUGAGAGAGGCGCCGAGCGCGGAGAGGGACAGCAAGAACGAGUCGCUGCGCAUCAUUGUGUUCGUGGUGAUUUUCUUCCUGGCUCUGUGGUGCCCUUCUUUUGUCAAUAUCAUUGUGAGACAGCUGACGAGGAAAGGCCUCAGGUUCCGGAAUGAAGCCACGAACCUGUUCGCCAUCAUGGCGCGUCUGAACGCGCUGGUCACCCCGGCGGUGUACAUCUGGGGCAGCCCGGCGCUGCGCGCGGCCGUGUGGGCGACGGUGUGGUGGAGGCUCUGCCCCAGCCGCAGGGCGAGAGUUGGUUUCCACGUGAAUGGAGUGACAAGGAAACUGCCGUGA